CCUGUCUGAGGCAGGUGUGAGACUCACGCGCAGAGCCAGGUAUGUGUGGGCGCAGCGUGGAAGCUGAGGGAGGAGCUGCGGGAUAAUCGCGGCUGACCUGUAGCUCCGGGACCAGACGGUGGAGAUGCAGCGCGGGAUGAACGACGUGGAGAGAAACCGGGACGGAGGUGGAGGAAAGUCCGGGACCCCGAGAGAGAAGGAUCAGAGCUGGAUUCCCACUGGCAUCAACAAACGAGUGUGCAGCAAUUUUGUUCAAGACUCUUCCAGUAAUGGAGCUCGCUGUCGGUGUGGCGGCCUGCGGGAGCAGCAUGAGUCCUUGGAGACCGGACGCUCAAACGAGUGUCCCACCGAUGCGUUUGGAGAGCUGGAGUUUACUGGAGCUGGACGCAGCCACAGCCAUUUCCUGCGGCUGUCAUGUGACACUCUUCCACAGACUGUGUACACCCUGAUGACCACUCGCUGGGGUCUGCCUUCACCCAACCUGGUGGUAUCGGUGGUGGGGGGUGAAGGCCACGAGAAGAUCAAACCCUGGGUGAGAGAUAUCCUGAGAAAAGGGCUGGUCAGGGCUGCACAGAGCACAGGUGCCUGGAUCUUGACCGGCGGUCUGAGAGAGGGUGUUUCCCGCUGUGUGGGCGAGGCUGUGAGAGACCACCGGGCUGCAGCUCCAGCUCCAUCCCAGAAGAAGCUCAUCGCUGUGGGGCUGGCCUCCUGGGGCCUGGUGCACAACAGACAUCAGCUGGUCAACCCCAAGGGGAGUUUUCCUGCUCGUUACUACGUCCAGAACACGGCACGUGACUCGUGCUGCUUAGACAACAGCUGCCAGGCUUUCCUGCUGGUGGAUGAUGGGAGUGUCAGUCAGCGGGGGGCAGAGACAGCCUUUCGUGCUAACCUGGAGGACUACAUUUCCCAUCAGCGUACAGGGAUUUGGGGUAGUGGCAGUAUUGAAAUCCCAGUGAUCUGCAUGCUCAUCUCAGGAGACGCCAGCAUGCUGCAGAGACUAGAUGCCUCUCUGAAGAAAGCGACGCCCUGGCUGGUCCUCGCUGGUUCUGGUCCGGCUGCAGAUCUCAUCGGCGAACUAAUGGACACCUUCUACAACCUCGGUCCCACCUCUCCAUCACCAGAGGGGGAGAAGGCAGAGUUCUGCGACCGGGUCCGCAAAAGGGUCCGCAGAUACUUUCCAGCCGAGGCCGAGCUGGAGGAGCUGGUGGAGAGUGCUAUGAGUAUUUGUCAGAACCGGGAGCUUAUCACAGUUUUCAACGGAGCCCAGGAUGGUUCUGAUGACUUUGACACAGUUGUCCUCAAAGCUCUGGUCAGAGCCAGUAAACGUGUGUCCAGUAAAGCCAGCGAGUACAUCGACGAGCUGAAGCUGGCUGUGGCCUGGAACCGGGUGGACAUUGCCAAGACUGAGCUGUUCACCGGAAACAUUGAGUGGAGGUAUGAGGACCUGGAGGAAUCCAUGACUGAUGCUCUGAUCAACAACAAACCCCAGUUUGUGCGUCUCUUCUGCGAGAAUGGGCUGAACAUCCUGGAUUAUCUGACAUAUGAGCGCCUGGAGAGCUUGUACCGCUCCCUGUCGGACGGCUCACUGGCCUACAAUCUGCUGCAGAGACGUCUGAAUGAGAGGCAGGGCCUGGCCGGGUCCCAGCACAUCAUGGAUGGACCCGUGACCCCGGCUCUGAAGAGCCCUCAAAACGCCCUGACUGCACCUGUUUCAGCGAUGGAGCUCAGCUUGUUUGAGGUUUCCAGGCUGCUGUGGGAUCUCUUAGGUGAUAUCUGUCAGCCCUUCUACUACGGAAUUCUGGGUCUUGACCCGAACAUCCCCAUCUGGAGGGCUCUGAAGCAAGUCAACAAGCUGCUGCUGGGGGAGUGUCCAUACCGGAGCCAGCGCUGCCUCUCACCCUGGGCGGCUCUCUUCGUCUGGGCCGUGUUACAGAACCGCAGUGAAAUGGCCAUCUACUUCUGGGAGAUGGCCGGGGAGUCGGUGAUGAGCGCUCUGGGUGGCUGUAAGAUACUGAGGGAGCUUUCCAAGCUGGAGAGCGAGACGGACAGCAAGCUGGAGAUGAAGGAGCUGGCACAGACAUUUGAGAAUCUGGCACAUGAUGUGUUUAGUGAGUGUUACGAGAACAGCGAGAGUCGCUCCUUCACGCUCCUCAUCAGGAUGUCUCCUGUGUGGGGGAAAGCUACAUGUCUGCAGAUGGCCACGGCAGCUGAUGCCCGCCUGUUCUUCAGCCAUGAUGGCGUCCAGUCUCUGCUGUCUCAGAUCUGGUGGGGUGACAUGGACAGAAGUACUGAAGUUUCGAAGCUGAUUCUCACCUUCUUCUUGCCCCCCCUCCUCUACACAAACCUUAUCAGUUUCAGGGAACAAGAGGAGGAUGUUAAUUCCAUGGCCGUCCUUCACGGCAGAGACACAGACAGCGUGGAUGGAAACGAUGCCACCGUUUUCUCUUUUGCUGACAUCACACAGAAUGAAGAAGAUGCAGAAGAGCUCAGGGCUCUGAAAGAAAACCCGACAGGUUCUUCUCCAGCCACCCCUAAGAGACCGUACAUUUUGUGGAGGUGGAGACAGUUCUGGUUUGCUCCUGUUACCUCAUUCCUGGGCAACGUGCUGAUGUACUUCCUCUUCCUUUGCCUGUUUGCCUACGUUUUGCUGGUGGACUUUCAUCCCCCGCCCCCUGCUGGCCCCGCCCCUCUGGAGAUCAUCCUUUACUUUUGGGUUUUCACUUUAGUCUGUGAAGAGAUUCGACAAACCUUCUUUAUGAGCAGUUUAUUUGUCCUUCAGAGGAUGAGGAACUAUAUUGAGGAUGUGUGGAACAAAUGUGACCUGAUUGCUAUCGGUCUCUUCAUUUUGGCUGUGUGUUGCAGGAUGUUUCAGCAGACAUAUCAUUUUGGGCGAGCCGUCAUGGCCGUAGAUUUUAUGGUGUUCACUCUACGUCUGAUCCAUAUCUUCGCUGUCCACAAACAGCUUGGACCAAAGAUCAUCAUCGUGGGCAAAAUGGUGAAAGAUGUCUUCUUCUUCCUGUUUUUCCUGGCGGUGUGGCUCAUGGCCUACGGAGUGGCCAAUCAGGCGCUCCUGUACUCAUAUGAUCCGCGACCUGAUUGGAUACUUCGGCGAGUAAUCUACAGACCAUACCUGUACAUAUUUGGACAGAUUCCUCUUCAUGAAUUGGAUGCUGUGAACGUGGGUGAAAUAAACUGUACAGACAUCGCUGAAGAAAUUGAUGCAGGUGCAGAACCCUGCAUGAGCACCUACGCUAACUGGCUCGUCGCCAUCCUCCUGGUUAUCUACUUACUGUUUUCCAACAUCGUGUUGGUUAACCUGCUCAUUGCCAUGUUCAGCUACACCUUCUCCAAAGUGCAGGAGCACAGCGACACCUACUGGAAGUUUCAGCGCUACAACCUGAUCGUGGAGUACCACUCCAGGCCCUGCCUGGCACCACCUUUCAUCAUCAUCUCACACCUCCACCUUUUUAUCAAGAGGACCAUCUGCCGCAUCCCAUCUGUGAAGAGCCGACACUUCGCUGUAGAACUGCAGGACACCAAAGCCAGCAGGCUCAACACGUGGGAGGGUAUCCAGAAAGAAAACCUCCUCUUAGCUCAGAAUAAGCAGCAGAAGGACAGCGACACGGCACGGCUACAGCGUACAUCUGUCAAGGUGGACAAUGUUCUGAGGCAGAUGGCAGAGAUCCGUGACCAUGACAGAAGGCUGCAUCUGGUGGAAACCCAGCUGGAGUACUGUUGCAGCACCCUCUCCUGGAUGGCCGACGCUCUGUCCCACAGUAAUCUGAUUCAAGCCAGCCGGCCGGCUCCUAUUCUCAAAGAUCUGACUCCACUGUCUCCAAGAUGAGGCCAGGAUCUCCAAACACAGAGAAUGAGUCACCUUCUAAAUCAGGGCAUUCGACACCUGCAGGGAUCUCCUGACUUCAACCCUAACCACUUUAACUCGAAUAUCCCUGCAAUGUGCAAAUUUACUAAUGUACUCACACCUGGAUGUAUCAUAAUAUAGUUUAACUCAGGGCCAUCACUGUUGUUUGGUGUGGAAUUUCGUGUGUUUUAUUCUGUAGGUAGGUAUUUGUCAAUAGAAAAAAAGCUUUUUUAUACAGUAUUUAACCAAACAUUUCCUUUUACUGCCACCAUAUCAAGAUACAAAAAAUAAAUAAAAAUAAAAUGCCUACUCAUGCUUUCAGUUUGUCAGUGUAAUAGCAGACCUCAGCUGUCUGUGGUUCAAUUUAGUAAAAACUGACUGCAGAUCUAUUUUAUAAUGCAUGUAAUAAAAUAAACUGAACCUCCUCUCCUGUCAUAUUUUAACACCUUUGGGUGUAAAACUCAAUUUGCAUGCCAUCAGAGUCAUAAACAAAACCACCCAAAACUACCUCAACAAACAUUGUUUGAUCCAUCCAUCCAUCCAUCCAUCUUCUACUGCUUAUCCAGAGUCGGGCCGC